AUGGGAGAGACAAUAAGUGGCUUACUUGCUUGGUUUGGUGGGCCAUAUGAAAUGAGUGUGAUUUUUGCUGGCCUCCCUCAGCUCGGCUCGGCACGAUCGACAAUAUUCGGGUCAUGCAGGGCAGGAACACGACGUGUUGUAGGUUUUGUCGGUGUGUUCAGUGUGUUCAGUGUGUCCGAUGCGUCAGAUGUGUCCAAUGUGGACGGAGGUGGGUGUGAUGAGUGUGGUGAGUGUGGUGAGUGUGGUGAGUGUGAUGAUGUGUUGAGUGUGUCCGAUGCGUCAGAUGUGUCCAAUGUGGACGGAGGUGGGUGUGAUGAGUGUGGUGAGUGUGGCGAGUGUGAUGAGUAUGAUGAUUGCAGUGGAUGUGGUGGAGUGAUGAGGCAAUUGGGUUUUGUCGGUGUGUUCAAUGUGUUCGAUGUGUCUGAUGUGGACGUAGGUGGGUGGGAUGAGUGUGAUUUUUGCAGUUGGUGUGGUGAAGAGAUAAGGCAAUUGAGUUUUGUCGGUGUGUUUAGCGUGUCCGAUGCGUCAGAUGUGCUCGAAAUGGACGGAGGUGGGUGUGAUGAGUGUGGUGAGUGUGAUGAGUAUGAUGGUUGCAGUUGGUGUGGUGAAGAGAUGAGGCAAUCAGGUCAUUUCAGUGUGUCCGAUGUGUCUGAUAUGGACGGAGGUGAGUGUAAUGAGUCUGGUGAGUGUGAUGAGUGUAAUGAGUGUGAUGGUUGGAGUGGGUGUGGUGGAGAUAUGAGGCAAUUGGGUUUUGUCGGUGUGUUCAGUAUGUCGGAUAUGUCCGAUGUGCACCGAGGUGGGUGUGAUGAGUGUGAUUAG